AUUUUGGAAAAGGUACAGGACAAAUAUGGAUGAACAGUGUAAAAUGUUAUAGGACUAAAUCUACUCUAAUAAACUGUAGACCAAAUGGAUUGGGGAACCACACUUGUGGGCAUGAAAAAGAUGCUGGUGUCAUCUGUGGAGGCAACAUUCGACUGCUAAAUGGCAGUGACUCUUGUUCUGGGAGAGUGGAGGUUUUCUAUAAUGGUCAGUGGGGAACAGUGUGUGAUAAUGGCUGGGAUCAAUCAGAUGCUGCAGUGGUGUGUAGAGAGAUGGGCUGUGGAGACGUUGUAGAGACAAAGACUGGUGCUUAUUUUGGACAAGGUUCUGGAUCAGUAUGGUUGGAUUAUGUAUGUUGUUCCGGGAGUGAAUCUACAUUGAAAGACUGUGCAUCAAAUGGAUGCGGAAAAAACAACUGUAAGCAUUCAAAGGAUGCUGGAGUCAUCUGCCAAUCUGUCAAGUUGGUGAAUGGUGACAACUUUUGCUCUGGAAGAGUGGAGGUUCGUCAUAAUGGCACAUGGGGAACAGUGUGUGAUAAUGGAUGGGAUCUAUCAGAUGCUGCAGUAGUGUGUAGAGAGAUGGGCUGUGGAGAUGUUAUAGAGACAAAGACUGGUGCUUAUUUUGGACAAGGUUCAGGGCAAAUAUGGAUGGAUGAUGUACAAUGUACAGGGAUUGAAUCUACACUAAAAACCUGUUCAUCAAAUGGAUGGGGAGUACAUAACUGUGGGCAUCAACAUGAUGCUGGAGUCAUCUGCGUAGGUAAGGCUGUAUGUAGCAGUACCACAAUACAGAAUUUGAUCUGUCAAACUGGAAUAAUUCAAUAAUGCUCUCCCUGUUUAACUCAUUUAAUUUAUGCAACAGGCAAAGUUCGAAUGCUGAAUGGCACCAACUCUUGUUCUGGGAGAGUGGAGGUUCUCUAUAACAGAACAUGGGGAACAGUGUGUGAUAAUGGCUGGGAUCUAUCAGAUGCUGCAGUGGUGUGUAGAGAACUGGGCUGUGGAGAUGUUCUAGAGGCAAAAAGUGGAGCUUAUUUUGGACAGGGAUCAGGUCCAGUAUGGAUGAAUAAUUUGAACUGUAAUGGAACAGAAUCUAGACUGAAGAACUGUGAAUCAAGUGGAAUGGUACUGCAAAAAUGUGGACAUGAAAAAGAUGCUGGUGUUAUCUGUGAAGGUAAAGUUCAAUUGGUGAAUGGCAGUAACUCUUGUUCAGGAAGAGUGGAGGUUCUUCAUGAUGGUCAGUGGGGAACAGUGUGUGAUAAUGGAUGGGAUCAAUCAGAUGCUGCAGUGGUGUGUAGAGAGAUAGGCUGUGGAGACGUUAUAGAAAUAAAGACUGGUGCUUAUUUUGGACAAGGAUCAGGACCAAUUUGGAUGAAUGAUGUAAACUGUAGCAGGAAUGAGUCAACACUAAAGAACUGCAAUUUGACUGAAUGGGGAACUCACAUUUGUGAGCAUGAGAAAGAUGCAGGUGUUAUUUGUGGAGAAACUGGCAGUUCAGAUAUGGGUGAUGGAGUAUUAAUGGAAGCAUUGGCUGAAUAUGAAAGUCUUAUAGGUCACUUAACCUUUAUCAAUGAUUCAAAAAGCUGGAUUGAUGCAUUGCUGUAUUGCAAAACUCAUCACCAGACUUUGGUGUAUAUUUUAAAUGACACGGUACAAGAUUACAUCACUCAAAUGCUGCAGGGUGAAGAAAUCACCAAUGGAGUGUGGAUAGGGCUUGAACGAAAUAUGCUCUUCACUUGCUCUCCCUGGCUGUGGACCGGUGGGCCGUAUGUGGACCAUGCACUGUGGCACAGCACCUUCCCAGUGGACCCAAUGAACAAGUUUUGUGGAAAACUGAUAGAGGAUAAAGAUAAUACUUUUGGAUGGGUGGAUGCUUGCUGUCACGAGUACCUCCCUUUCAUCUGUCAGGGAUGAAACACUAGAGGUAGCUACUUCCUACUUUGGAGUCUGUGGCAUAUUACAGAAAAUAAGAAAGUCCAGAUGCCCUGAAGGUCUCUGCUUUGUGUGGAAAACAAACAAACAAACAAAAAAGUAAUAUAACAGUAGCCUAAUAUGCAGCAGUUAGUGGUAUGCAUUUGUAACUGAUAGCGAUGACAUUAUUUUCAUUAUAAAAUACUUAAUAAUUAUUAAGGUCUCUUUUUGCAAUGGCUUUUUGUCAGUGGUAUUAUGCUUUUUUUUUUCUUUUUUUUUUUUUUGGAUUGUAUUGCAGGUUGAA